UUCAUGAUGUUGAGUUGUGCGUGCAUCACUAUUGUUUAAGUUGUUCAUGAUGAUGACCUGUUCCCUGAGACCCACGGCACCAGGAUAAAGCUGGACGCGGUAGCUCUGCUUGUCAGGUCAGCGCUGCACUCGGUGCUGGCGGCAUGUAGGUUCUGUGCAAGAAUGAUAUUCGCUCCAGAGACGCCUGCAAUUGUGAAGGAUGGUGCGUCAGUGUUCAUGGGCAUGGUGGCGACCACUACAGUGCUGCUCUUCCUGGUCUUCCUGUACCUCAACAGACGAGUGUCUCUAUCCCUGCCUCCCAGCGUCUCGUUAGCUGUUGCGGGGAGCCUGGCCAAGAAAAACCCAAAUGAUGGCAAUGACCAGACAUCAACUUCUGAAGAGCUUCUCUUCGAAGGAGGAAGGCCACGCUGCAUCGAGCCAAAUUGUCCGGAAUGCUGCUUCAGAGCUGCCGUACAAAAUGACGGACAGGCAAGCGGUCGGCCAGGAAUCGAAGGCAGGACUACAAGGGCACUUAUAGAUGGCGGAGCUGGUCUGGAAGGAAUCGUUGGCAGAGGAACUCAAGAUGGAUGUUAUGGCCGUGGAAACUUGGGCUAUUCCAGCGAAAGAGGAGGACGAUCAGGAGGAGGGGUUCCAGGAACGCAAUAUCAAGAGAGUUCUAUUGCAAGUGGUAACUUAGAAAGAUCGAACGUGAUAGGACAUUUUUCCAGAUCAGGUACAAGAAGUGGUUCAGGAAAUGUGGAUUGUGAUGAUCUCUGCGGAGGAGGCGGAAGAGUUUCGCCAUCUGUCAGGAGCACUCAGUCUCGUCCAGCCAGGUCUGCAGGAGUCACUCAUCAAGCAAGUUUUGGAAGGUCAACAGAAGAUAACAAAGUUCAUGCGUUACAUUAUGGAACCACCAAAUGUCAAACUGAAGCCACGAACGGCCGCAUCAACAGAGGAUAUGAAAAGGACCACUCGCUUGUACCACACCAGUACCACACUCCCCCUCCACCACACCGUCAACACCUCUACAGCCAUCACCAUAUCAUGCCUGGUCACUGCAAUCGCCAACCUGUCAGUCCCGAGUAUUGCAAUACCUCAAACUCUAACGAGAUCAACGGCAACGUUAGGUUCAGCAUUGACACACAAGGUUAUUCGGGCCAAUACAAGCAAAUGACAAACGAUAACCUGAAGCAUCAAAACAUAAAUGAAACCAACGAAAAUGGAAAAGUUUGCAAAAGUGAUUUCUCAGAAGAAAGAACAAACGUCCAUAGACUUUGCUCACCGAAUGAUCACAUCUUUGGAAAUGAAAGUAAUAAGAACGUGAGAGUGCAACAAAGGUCCCUACAACGAAUAACUUCUUACGAUCCCACAAUGACCCGGGCCAAACCCAGCCUCCAAUAUCCGUAUUAUUCAUCCUUGCACGAGCCCGAACCUCCCAACUUGAAUGAAGUUGGUGCACGAGGCCUCGACAACAGAAAGAAUUUCCAUGGGGACAGGGGCAUUCAAGAAGAAAAUGUUGAUAUCCACACAAGCGAAGAAUUGAUAACUCAGAACAGUGAUCAUCAUCAGACGCAUGAUCAUCACGGUGAGCAUCACGCUCUGGCCGGCAGGUCGUCACCAUCGGGGACCUGCAAGCGAGAGCUGUCCCAACCUGGGACCUCUACAGGAGCACUCACUGCAGGUUUAGGAGGAUCAUCGUCGGCAUCAUCGUGUGCGUCGACGUCAAGUGGAGAUGAUGAUCUGAUGGCGCACAGGUCACUGCGCCACAGAGAUCCCAAGGGCUACCAGGGACACACGGGACCGGGCCCUUCACCGGCCUUCCAGACACGCGACGACGCGCUGUUCCCGCGUGAGAACAGCAGCCUGGAGGUGAGCCUGGCGUACGACACUCCUACGCGCAUCCUCACCGCGCACGUCUUGCAGGCCAAGGGCGUGCCAGACAGGGACAGCGGCGCCGCUGCCAACUCCCAGGUCCGCAUUCUGCUAGUGCCCAACCGCAGGCAGAAACACAAGACACGAAUUCGGCAAGGCUCCACGCCGCAAUUCAACGAGGCUUUCAUCUUCAGAAAAAUAAGCCCAGACGAAGUGCUGGGCCUGUCGCUGCGGUUCCGUCUGUACGAGUGUCAGCGCAUACGGCGGGAGCGGCUGCUCGGGGAAGCCCUGGUGCCGCUGUCGAGCGUCAACCUCCACAUGGCCAACUCCCUCUGGCUCCCCCUAGAGUCCGGAGCAACCUGUGUCACUGCGCAGUCGGACGAAGUGGCUGAAGUGUGCAGCCUGCCUCGCAGCGACAGUACGGGAUCCAACCACUCGGUGCACGGAGCAGCGCCAGGCCUCCUGGUUGGCCUCACCUACAACGGCACAACGGGGCGACUGGCUGUCGAGAUCAUCAAGGGCUCUCACUUCAGAACUAGCGAAGACAGCAGCAGCAUAGCCAACCCCCGUGCGCCGGACUCGCUGGUCAAGAUUCGCCUCACUUCCUCGAGCGGCCAGGAGAUCGCCACAGCAAAAACUACCAUCCGACGGGGGCAACCUAAUCCCCUCUUCAAAGAAACGUUCAUUUUCCAAGUGGCGCUGUUCCAACUGCCAGACGUGACGCUGCUGCUGGCGGUGUACGCGCGCAAGAGCAUGAAGAGGAAGGACAUGAUCGGCUGGUGCUCCUUGGGCUCCAGCAGCUCCGGCGAGGAGGAGCUCGCUCACUGGAACGCCAUGCGGGACGGUGGGCAGUCUUGUCGCUGGCAUUCCCUGCACCUUAAUUAAAUUAAGACUUGUGGAAUG